AUGGACGAUUACCAGGAGCAAAUCCAGACGGUGCGCGCCAUCACCAACUAUGAUGAUGAGCGAUCCAUCGCAACUGCUUUGCGAGAAAAAGGAGGUGACCUGGAAGCGGUCAUCAACCUGAUAUUAGACGACGUCGAUAAGUUUCAAAGAACCUAUGCUUGGGAUGAGGCCGCAUUCAAUGCGAACCGCGAAGGUGAUGGGGUUACGGGUGUUUAUGGGCCCAACCAAUCGUUUCAUAUCCAGCCUCCAGACAAUGAUCCGGUCCUCUACGGAUACGAUCCGGGAUAUGGAUCCACCGCUCCAUCACGGCCUCCUUCGAGGGUUGACAACCGGUCUCCUAUCGGACGUGCUGUGGACAUGACUACCGGUCCAUAUGCUUCCGGUGUCCCGACGAACCAAAUGGAAGAGGACGCGCAGCUCCAACAAGCCCUUGCGGCCUCCAUGAAUCCUUCGGGCAUGCACACUCCUCAACCGAUCUCCAACGGACUGGGAUUGCCGCCGCAGCUGCCCCCUCCGCCUCCGCCUCAAGAGUCGGGUGUCACUAACAAUGGCCCCUAUUUUGGUCCAGCGAACAGAUCGGACUAUGAUCCGAAUCAAUGGGCCAUGGUUCCCCUCAGGCUUCGCCAAACGGAUCCCAGACCAGUCAGUAGACAAAGGGCUCCCGGGAGCUCGGCGUUUUUGAGGAACCGUUCCGAUAAUUCGACUAACCGACACCGCGUCGGUGGGAUCUUGACGAUACUGCACUCCAUCCCAGCCGCACGGAAUGCGCUUCUCCAGUUAGGCAAUGUGCCGGAAUACGGCUACGGAAGCAACAACGAAUGGUGGAGGGGACAGAAGAUUCUUCCCCCGGCGCUACAGGAACAUGAUGAACAAAUUAGCUCGGAGCGGAAUCAGUUGCUUCCUCCGUGGUCUGACGAGCUUCAUCGUUUGGUAGCAUUCCUGGACUCGACAGAAAGGGCUUACGGAACGGCAGACAUCUUGGCCAAAUGCAAAGCUCCCGGUGUCGAAGACCGCUGGGAUAGUGAGAGGGAGUUCUUCGACAGCCACAUGGAGAUGCUGAAAGCCAGAAAUGAUGACAGCUGGGACGAUCUCACCAUGUGUGUGAAAAAGUCCCAAUACGGCACCGAACAAGGCUUCUUGGAGUAUCUCAACCUGUUGUACUGUGAAGAUUUGGACCUUACCACAACAAACCUGUACGCUUGUCUUGAUAAGGCAUUUUGGGUGGACCGGAAUACUUCAGGAGAUUCACUCGAGGGCACACCCUACACAACGAUCAGUAAGCUGCCUGAGGUACUCACGAUUUCGCUCAGAGCGCCACAGGGACUCCCGGCAGCUGUUGACAUACCCGAGACGAUAUACCUUGACCGGUACUUGGCAACCAAUGAAGAGAAAAUCAACGAACUUCAAGCCGAUCUAUCAAAACUGGCGUACGCGCUUCGCAAAUGUUCCGAGGAGGAGGAAAGGUUGACAUGUUGGAUCGACAAAGAAACGGGUAAAACUAUGGACCGCCGAACUAUGAUUACGGACAGUAUCGAACGGUGCAAAGACCAUAUCCAGCAACUCAAGGGUCGGGCAGCCUGGAGAAAUUUCGAAGAGUCGAGUUCCGAUGUUAGUGGAGAUGGUUACCGACUUUAUCUAGCGGGCGCUGAAAAGGAGGCAUCGGUUUCACCGGAUGAGGCAGCUAUUAUCGCUUUUUACGAGCGCAAGAUCAAGUCUCUGACAGAACAGGCAGCCAAGCUUGAGAAGAUUGUACAAGGCUCUAUAGCGCCACAAAAAGAACGCAUUAAGGAUGCUUUGCAGCAACAUAGCAAGGCUCUCACCGUUCCUGCUUCGGAUAACUCAUGGGUCCCCACGGCCAAGUUUACUCUUCGUGGCGUGACAGGCGAGCCAAACACCGUGUUCUUGCGGAAACAGGAAGUCGAGCUUAUUGAUCUCGAAGAUGGGGAGGUCCCUACGGAACAGUGGUUUAAAAUUUCGUGCUCUUCCGGGAGCAACUACGCUUUGCAGAUAGAGAAAACAACCCACGAAGCUGCUAUAACGCAGGCUUGCGCAGUCGGCACUGAACCCCUUCUCAUUUACGCUUCUGACAAGGCGAUGAACGCUGAACCAAUCCCUCUCAAUGAUGCUCUAAAGGCCUUCAUCAGGUUUGACAAUAAGUUCUUCAGCCAAGAACUGGCACAGACCGAGCAUGAACAGCACGAAGACUCCAGAAAGCGUGGGCCUAUUUCGAUGUCGUCUCCGGACUCGAAGAGACGUAACAGAUCUAACAGUGUGGACUCGAUGGCCACGAACCACGCAUCAGCCGGCGACGUAGAGAUGGAUGAUGAAAUGCGUGCAGAAUUCCUCAAAUCUUCCAACGGAUCGGGGUACGAAAACGGCACGGAGAAGGCUAGCGCCAGCUCUGACCAUGAUAUGGCGGAUGGUCUUGCUCCUUCCCCACGCCAGGAAGAUGCCGCUGUUCCGCAUUCCAAUGAUCUAGUUGACCUGCUCACACCCACUUAUGAAGAUAAGGCAGAGAGCAAGGAACAUGAGUCAUCCAACGUUGGUGCAUCAAUGGAUGGCACGUCAGAGAAGAUGGGGCGUGUGUCCCUCGAUGAGGACAAGAUGGAUGUUGAUUGGCGCCAAACAGGAGGCGAUACGAAUGCCGGUUGCAGCCAGGCCAGCGGAUCCAGUGCCCAUACAGAAGACUCUGGUAUAACCGCGAAGCCAACCAAACCUGCCGACGAUGGCACUACAACGGCGAGGGGCCCAGAGAUGCAGGAGCGCAGUAACAAUCCAUUCCUCGCCAAGGCACCUAACACAACUGCCGCCUUGACGACUUCGGGCAGCUCCUUGCAAUCGUUCAGCCGAGAUAUUAUGGACUUUUAG